AUGGCGCCCACACAACAUGGUUACGCGCCAACCCUCGACUCCUUCCUCCAUGCCAAGCUGCACCUUGAGGCGGCCAUUGAACAGGCGUGCAGUCUCCUAAAGCGUCGCCAGAUCCGCGGACCCGAGUCGUGCGCGCUGGUGACGGCACAUGUGAUGUCGCUUGUGGUGUCCAAGGCCAAGUGGGCCAACAUCAACCAGCUGUUGGAUCGUGUGUGCCAGGCGGGACGCAAGCUAGUGGACGCACAACCGCAGGAGCUGGUCAUUGGCAACAUUGUACGGCGGGUACUGGGUCUGAUUCACGACGAGGUUGAGGCAGAUCGGACCGAGAAUGGCGAGGAUCCGAGCGUAGCCGGCAGCAUGUCCGGUAGCAUAUCCGACCUGCGGGCCGACUCAGUACAGCCCGGGCAGGUACCGAGCCUAGUUGCAUCGCCUUCCUACACAGCACUUGCGCGCACGACACGGCAACCAUCCUUGAUUGUGACAGGUCCGUACCAGUCCAUGUUCAACCUGUUGUCGGCUGUGGAGCCAGCGUCUGUUACGGCCAGCGGCGAGGUGAGCUCGGCAGGAUCGGGGGCUUCGACACCCGUGCCGGGAGGUCCUACACAUGGGGGAAAGGGAGAAAGCAGUCGCACAGCCGCGCUGCGCGACGAGAUUCUGGAUGGUAUUGAAGAGAUCAAGGACGAGAUCGGCCAGGCAGACGACCAGAUUGCCGGUUUUGCCGAGGGCCAGAUCCGGCCAGGCGACACGGUGAUGGUUUAUGCUGAGCCUUCGCGGACUAUCGAAAAGUUUUUGAUAAAGGCGGCUGCGCGGCGGCGGUAUACCCUGUACUUGGUGGGCGCCACCGCGCCACCGACGCCUAGCACCAGCUCCCUGUACAAGCGACUCGGCGCGGCCAAAUGCCCGAUUGUCCACCUCAGCAGCACAGCUGUCUCGGCGUACAUGUCCCGUGCCAACCGCGUUGUAAUCGAUGCACGAGCAAUUGCCGCUAACGGUGGCAUCUUGGCGGGCGCAGGCAGUCUACGUCUUGCACGGGCUGCACGGGCGCAGCGCCGUACGGUGCUGGUGGUGGGCGGCGUGUACAAGCUGUCGCCGGAGUCGCUGACGAACCCGGAUGCCUUUGUCGAGUGGGGUGAGCCUGGCCAGCUCGCACGAUUUGCUGACGGCAGCCUUGUGGGCGAUGGUGGGCUUGCGAUCGAGACGGCGGUAACCGAGUUCUUGCCGGCGAACCUGAUUGACAUCUACGUGACCAACCUUGGCCCGCAUACAAAAGACUACCUCGAGAGCGUGAUCGCUGAUCACUACAAGAGCGAGGAGCUGGAGCUGUACAAACAAUGA